GCCAGUGAGUAAGAGAGAGAGAGAGAGCAUGGCUUUCCAUUGCACUCUCCACCAAUUCUUCGGCGUAGCGCUCCUUGUUUUGCUCAUCGUUCGGCCCUCUAAUUCCGCCGGGAGCAGCAAGGCAAAUGAAGUGGAUGGGGGCAGCAUUUCUUACAGGGCGUUAAACCAGAGGCACGAGUCGUGGAUGAGAAAAUAUCACCGUAACUACCAUAAUGAUACAGCAGCGCAAGAAAAGCGUUUCAACAUCUUCGCAGCCAACAUGAACUUCAUCGACUCCUUCAACAAAGGCAACCACAACUUCUCACUGAAAUCUAACAACUUCACCGAUAUGACCAACAAGGAAUUCACGGAGAGUUAUACCAACUCGAGGCUCUCGCACUACUUUCGUUAUGGGAAGCCCCAGCCCUCGCCCACGAACUACAGUUAUCAACCUCCAAAUGGCAUUGACUGGCGGGACAAGGGCGCCGUCACUGGCGUCAAGAAUCAAGGGGCAUGCGGUUCUUGUUGGGCGUUCGCUACCGUCGCAGCAAUAGAAGGCAUCAUUCAGAUCAAAACAGGUAAGCUAACAGCGUUGUCAGAGCAAGAGCUCGUAGACUGUGUGCCACCGCGAAAGGGGCAUAAAUCAUGCGACGGCGGCUAUGUAAAGAGAGCUUUCAACUUUGUGAUCCAUAACGGGAGUCUGACAACUGAAGACAACUACCCGUACAAGGGAGUUCCUGGACCUUGCAAUUUCACUCUGAAUUCUGCUUCUGAUCUGACUCAGGCUAGUGGUGUUACAAUAAAAGGAUUUAAGCAGGUUAACAAUGAUGAGACGGAACUUUUGAAAGCUGUGGCCAGGCAACCGGUCACAGUCUCUGUCGCAAUAAACACUACUAUCUUGCAAUCUUACAGCGCUGGUGUCCUCACUGAAAUUGGUUGUGGAUCUGAUAUCAACCAUAGCAUGACGGUGGUGGGCUACGGCACUGAGAACGGCACCGACUACUGGCUCUUGAAGAACUCGUAUGGGCCUGAUUGGGGGGACAGCGGGUAUAUAGAGAUGGCUAGAGGUGUGAAUGGAGGAAUUUGUAGAAUCACCGAGGAAGCUUUCUACCCGGUUAUUGACUGAUACUGCGCAAAGAAGAGAUGGCUCGAUAACAGAUCAUUGUACUAGUCUAAGUAAUAAAAAGAAAAGAGUAUUGUAAUAAUUAUUGGGUCUCAAUUUGAUUCGGCUUAAUCAUCUUUUAUCCCCUCCCCUACCCAUUAAACUCAACGCAAG